GAAUGCGAAGGGGCAGGCCACCCAAGCGGAAGCCGAGCAGUGUUGUGCCGUCGCCCCGUGCAGACCAAAACCCAACUGCAAGCGGUUGAGCAAGUUCUAUGACAGCAACGCGGAUGCCAAGCGGCUGCUGUUGGAGAAGCACGGUAGGAUCCUGGCGAGCUACAAGUCGGUCUUGAUGACCAGCAAGUACCAAUACCUUGCCGACAGGCUCUCCAAGUUGGUGUGUGAACUUUCCGCCGACGAAACUACUGCAACCUGCAAAGAUAACGUGGAGAUCGGGUACGAGAUCGCCAAAUUUCCCGUAGAGAGCGCUAUGAAAUCCGUUCCGAAAUCACAAUGGGGAGUUGCUGGAAUGAAGCUCGCAAUGGCUAACUCGUUCCAAUCAGUCCGCGUGGUGCGCAAGCGGCUCACCCAACAA